GUUCUCGUCUCGAUUCCCAAAUAAAGGUCUCGCUAAUGGAUCCCCAAACUUUGACCCUCGAAAACCGAAGCUUGGUCGUCUUCCUAAUCCUCUCUCUUUAAUCCCACAUUCAACUCUCAAUCUUUGCUUUCCCUUUGAUUCCCCAUUCUCGCCAUGAACGCUUUCAGAGUUUUCUUCCUCGCCUUUCUUCUUCUCGCCUCUCCAUUUCUCCAAGCUGCCACAUGUCAAUCGGAUUCGGAUGUCGAAUCAUCUGAGGCUGUUGAAGAAGUUAGCGAUCUUGGAAUUGUGGGCGAAGAAGAUUCUCAGGAUUUUGGAGAAGUGAACUUCGGCCCUGCUCCAGGAGUUGAUACUGUCUGCGUUUUUCCCAAAAACAGUGCACGCAUAGUGCCAGCUGGUGAAGAGACUGAACUACUCGCGGGAGUGAAAAAUGAUGGGGAAUCAAGCUUGAAUAUUAUAGCUAUUAAGGCCAGCAUUCACUACACUUUUGAUCAUCGUUUGUUGAUUCAAAAUCUUACUGGACAGGUGUUCCACAAUGCAACGGUGCCCCCAUCAACCCAAGCUACUUACCCAUACAUGUUUGCUGUCAGCAAGUUUUUGCAGCCUGGAAAUUUUGAUCUAGUGGGUACCAUCUUUUAUGAAAUAGACCAGAAUGCAUACCAAAGCAUCUUCUAUAAUGGCACUAUUGAAGUCGUUGAAGCUAGUGGUAUCAUCAGCAUUGAGUCUGUGUUUUUAGUUACUCUUGGAAUUGCCCUUCUCGUGUUGCUUGUCUUAUGGAUUCAUGGUCAAAUACAGCAAAAGCUCUCCAAGAAACCCAAGAGGACUGCUUCCAAGGUUGAAGUUGGAACGAAAACCGUUGAUACCUCAAUGGAUGAAUGGCUUCAGGGAACUGCGUACACUAAGUCCGGAUCUAGCAAGUCAAAGAAAAAGAACUAAUGAAGACUCAUCUCCAUCCCAGUUGCAUAGUACACUGACAAUGUGCAGAUUCCUGCAACUCACAUUAGGCAGUUGAAAAUUUGAGGAGAGAAUCCAAGGUUGACUAGUUUUGUAAGUUUAGGUGCGUUAAACCCUUCCUUGCUAGUGUAGCAUGUCGGGGAAGUCUUCGCAUUCUCCGUUUCUUAAUGCCAAUCUAAAUUAAGUUUGCAACAAUACAGUUUUCUGAAUCUAGAGAAUUUUCAUUGAUUAUCAUAAUUGAAACUUUUAUACUUUCCUUGGAA